AAGAUGUAAACCAUUGAUACAUGCUUUUUUAUCACAUUUGAUGUCCUGUAUUUUUUUUCCAUUGCUAACAGAGCUUACGUUUGCCACGUCCUUCGACGAGAAAUUUUCGACCAAUGUCGUUUAAACCCUUUUGCCGUCUGUUUCCCAUUCCAGCAGACUAGUGAGCUUCCUAGUAUCUGGCUUGGGGGUAGAUUGAUGUCUCAUGCCUUGCGCUUUCUUUUAAUAUUCCCCCAAUAUGCUUCUAUCCACUUUCCCAUGAUUUACUUGUGCCAUCUUUCUCUCGCCUUGUUUUCUAUUAACUAUCAUCUGGUUUUGCUCGUCUUCUUUUGCGUUCUAUUUUGUCGUCUACCUGGACUCUGCUAUGUUGUUGCCUGCCGGUGGAGCUUGUGGCCGUUCUUUCUGGACUUAUCUGGACAGUAUGGACGGAUGGUUGUUUUCGGGCUUCAUCCGACAUUGUGCUUGUUCUUUUGCUGCAAGUGCAUUUGGGGUCUAUGACCACCAAUUUCUAUUGGCCAGCGCCGUUCAACAUCGGAGACAGUACCAUAGAUGUACCCAUAGUUGAUCAAACAGAGGAUUUUUUUCUUUAUGA